UCUUUUAGCUUUUGCUUGAUUUCGAACCCUAACAAUGGCGGCUUCAAUCGAGUCUGUGCAAUGCUUCGGCCGGAAGAAGACGGCAGUCGCUGUGACGUACUGCAAGCGCGGCCGAGGAUUAAUCAAGAUCAAUGGCUGCCCAAUUGAGCUUGUCGAGCCAGAGAUCUUGCGCUUCAAGGCUUACGAACCCAUCCUCCUCCUCGGCCGCCAUCGUUUCUCCGGCGUCGACAUGCGAAUCAGAGUCAAAGGCGGAGGCCACACCUCGCAGAUCUAUGCUAUCCGUCAGAGCAUUGCCAAGGCUCUUGUCGCCUUCUACCAGAAGUACGUCGACGAACAGAGCAAGAAGGAGAUUAAGGACAUUCUCGUCCGCUACGAUCGGACUUUGCUCGUCGCCGAUCCCAGACGUUGUGAGCCGAAGAAGUUUGGUGGUCGUGGAGCUCGUGCUAGGUUUCAGAAAUCAUAUCGUUGAUCUGAGAUUUUUAGGCAUCUAUGGCAGAGAGUCGCUUGUUGGUAACGGUUAUUUUUGGGAUUUACGUUCUAAUUACCUUCGGAGACAUGAAAUUUUGGAUCUGUUUAUGAUUGUAGUAUAUGAUAAUUUGACAUUGAGACUUGAGUUUUCUGAUUCCUGAGAUAAUUGCAGCCAAAAGGCAUUUUUGAAUCGUCA